GUAUUGGCAUCGAUCACUGAAUCCCAGAAAACUGGUGGAGGUGAAAUUUUCACAUUUGAGUAGAAACAUGACUCUACAAAGAACAAUGAAGCUCUACAGACUUCCUGAUGCCACAAAGACUUCAGGUUUGAGACCAAUGGAACAAAAGGAUACUAAAACAGUACAAGAAUUAAUCAACACUUACUUGAAACAGUUUAAUCUUGCUCCUGUGAUGGAUGAAGAAGAGGUAGCCCACUGGUUCCUGCCUCGGGAUCAUAUUAUUGACACUUACGUAGUAGAGGGCUCAAAUGGUGUUUUAACAGACUUCCUGAGUUUCUACACAUUACCUUCAACAGUGAUGCACCAUCCUGUUCAUAAAAGCCUCAAAGCUGCCUAUUCCUUUUACAACAUUCAUACAGAGACCCCGCUCUUGGACUUAAUGAAUGACGCACUCAUUAUAGCUAAAUUGAAAGGAUUUGAUGUGUUCAAUGCACUAGACUUAAUGGAAAACAAAACAUUCCUGGAAAAACUCAAGUUUGGGAUUGGAGAUGGAAAUUUGCAGUAUUAUUUGUACAACUGGAGGUGUCCUGGCAUGGAAUCUGAAAAGGUUGGUCUUGUAUUACAAUGAGGACUCUUAUGUUUCUAGAACUUUGAGGUCAUCGUUUGAGUUAAUUUGAUCUCCAUAACUCUUGGAACGGUGUUGUUCAAGAGGAGUAAAAGCACAAUGUCGGUGAUACUGAGAUAGUCCAUUAAACGUGAACAAUGACGACAUCCAUAUGUGACCAAAUUUGUGCAUUUUCAGAUAGAUCAGAAGGUCCAUGAAACUCUUUUAUUGUCCAUGAAAAGAAUAAAAGCACAUUCAUUUAAGUUUCAAAGCUUAGCUUGCACCUUGAUGAGAAGAAGGUAUUUUUUUUCCACUCUCUAGAAAAGACUGUUUUGUACAAACUGAACUUCAGUGGUGGAUUAGGGUACAAAAAUAUUUGCUAUUAUGUGGAUGAACUGCUGCAUUUCUAUUUAUUAAGUGGUGGUGUAUGUUUGUCAGUGUAACAGAAUGAAGGAUACAAACUUGAGUAUCUUUGCUUAUUUACUUCACAUGGAUAUCAUCAUUUGGGGGAAAAAUAAUGAAGUACAAUACGUUUGUAGCUCUAUGGAAGUCCUGGAUGUUUUUGUAACUGGAGCAGUAUGACAAUGUACUGGUUUAACUAGUGCAUUUGUUUCUCCAUAAGCAACGCUGCCAAAUCAAUAAAAAUACAGAUUUGUACUUUGAUCUUCGAUAGAUCAGUGGAUUGAUUUAACAGUAUCGCACUGUUCAGUGCAGGUGUUAUCUAUGUUGCCGGAAUGAUAAUACAUUACUGUACUUAAUUUACAGUUGUGGCACAAAACCUUAGUUUUUCCUCAGUAGAAUAACAUCAGCCUGUGUGUAAAACUAAGAAUUUUAGUAGUGCUAUCAGGAUAUUUAUAGU